AUGGUAUCAAGAAAUGAUGUUCAACCUUCUCACAUUCUAUUUGCAGAUGACAUCUUCUUAUUCUGUAAUGGAGAUAAGAGAAACAUUAGAAAACUUCUUAACUUUCUCAAGGAUUAUCAAAUUUCAUCUGGUCAAAGGAUUAAUUUUGAAAAAAGUAAAUGCUUCAUCGGAGGGACUAGUGAGCUCAGAAAAUAUCAACUGGAAAAUGAAUGCAACAUGCCUUUAUCGACUUUUCCAGAUAAGUACUUAAGUGUUCUGUUAACUCCUGGAUGCAUCAAAUCAUCUCAUGUAUGGGGCUGUGUGGAGCAAAUUCAAGAAAAUCUUGCUGGAAAGAAAGUUAUUCAAGAUGUUGAAAGAAUUAUAAGAAAUUUUUUAUGGACUGGUGAUCCUUCAACAAGAAAAUGUGUAACUCUGAAAUGGGACUAUGUGUGUGCUCCAAUGGAAGAAGGUCUGAAAUGGGUGAAAGAAGAUAUACAAGAUCAUUCAAGACGGCUUGUCGGUGAUGGUUCUAAAAUUUCAGCUUGGAGAGAUUCAUGGGUGAAAGACAGAGCACUAAAGGAUAUAUUCUCAACAAAUGAAUACAUGCACAUUUUCCCUGAUAUGAAGGUGUCUGAUUUACUUUUAGAUGGAGAAUGGGUGUUACCAGCUGAAGUGUUGGAAAUGGUACAACAAAAUGAGCUUCCUGUGGUGAGUACAAAUGAAGAUAAGAAAAUCUGGUGUGGUCUUAUCACUGGAGAAUUCACAUUUACGUCAGCUGUAGAAUGGUUUUGGGCUUUCGGCACUGGUAAAAGCUUCAUAACUGGUAAAUUCUUCUUCACUAAACUUAUUGAUACUCAGUAA